GCGCAUAUCUGGCAACCCGUCAAGCUGUCAGUACAGGCAGACACGGAUCCUGUGGGUGAAGUUGUUCCUCCUGUAAGUGGCCUGGGCGUCGCACGUAGAUGCGGUUUUCCGCACAGAAAUGGCCGAAUAUAGCCACACGGGCAUAUUAACGGCUCUGCUGCUGUUUACGGCUGUGACGGUGAGAGAUAUUUAUCUCGGUCGUACUGCGACAGAGCAGCUCGAGCAGCAGGCCGCGAAGAGCAGCAUGGCCUCCGACGGCUUCCUGGAGCCGAACACCCAGAGGCAGAACAAGCCCAAAUUCUACAUCGGGCCAGUGCUGAAGUUUCAAUACUGUAUUUCCUGAGGGUACAGUAAGGUGUUCCAGGAGUACUCCCGGUCUAUCAGCCAGCUGUACCCGGACAUCCGAAUCCACGGGGAAAAUUAUCCUCCCAAACUCCUCAACAAAUAUAUCGCAAAUUUCAUCUCCUAUUUUAAACUGCUCGCCAUUGCCCUGAUCGUCACUGGACAGAAUCCUUUCCAAAUGCUCGGCGCGAACACACCAAGAGUUUGGUCCUGGGGUCAAGAAAAUAAGAUAUUCUCAUGUCUCAUGGUGUUCUUCCUCAGUAACAUGUUAGAGACCCAGUUAUUGUCUACAGGAGCAUUUGAGAUAACGUUAAAUGAUGUUCCCAUUUGGUCAAAGCUGCAGUCAGGAUAUGUACCAAACAUCCAGGAGCUCUUCCACAUUCUGGACAACCACCUCAAGAUGAAUCAGGCCGACAACGUCAAAUUUGCCUCGCAGUAGCACCGCUGUUCAAGCUGAGACAGAGGUGUCUGGGGCUGUUUUUCUGGGCAGAGGGACCGUGGACCAUGGCUUAAUGAAGGCCUGCACUGCAAACAGCUUGCUGUGGGUGCAGACUGGAUGCUCCUGCCAUCACACACCCUUCCUCUGGCCAGCGACGCACUCCUCCAGACUGACUCGAUCUCUGCCGGCCAGCAUGCUAUUAGCAUCCGUGGUGUGAACGUCAUUCACGAGUUGGACGCACUAACCUUUUGUUUUUAAAUGCUCAAACCAGAGAUUUAUGAGCAAGUAUGACCAAAUAUGUGGAAGUCAGAAAUGUGUCAUUAAUGUCUCCCAUUGGUCUGCAAAUGUUUGAAUCAUCAUAGAUAUGUUUGUCAGGUGGCGCCAUGUAUACAGGAUCUUUCGCAUAUAUCUACAUAUUUAAAUUAUGUUGGAUCACUUCUUCAGGGUCAGGGAAAUAUUUGUGCCGACGUGCAAUUUGUUUACUAUAACACUUUUAAUUAAAGGUGUAAUUUGAUCAGCUGAGCCGGGUUUUGAUGGGGAAACAUGGUAUCUAUUGGGAUCCGCAGGUUCAUUCUGUCUCUUUAGUUCUUCAAUCUUUUUGUAGCAAUGUUAAGCUGCCUGUUUAGAAAAGGUGUUGUAAUAAUAUAAAAGGUACUCCUCAUUUUUAAAAGCUUCAAUUUUUUUAUUUUUUUUCCCCCAUUUAGGUGGAGUAAUGAGAAUCCUCUUCUAAUCUUAGUCAUGAAAUUGUAACCUAGGUGACAUUUUGUUGGAAUUUAGCUUGAGAGCACUGAAAUUUGAUCAUUGUUUCAAAAAAUAAAGACUAUAAAAAUG